CCAGUAUUAAAGCCUAGAGGGGAGACUGUUGACUUUAGAACUAGUGAGCUAUCUGGAGAGGAGACACAUUCAUCCAGGAUGCCCGAGCCAGUCAAAAAAGCAGUCUCAGCGUUUGCCAAGAAGCCCAAACCUCAGGUGGCUGAGGAGGGCUCCUCUGUAGUGUUUGAGGUUGAGACUGAGAAGGCCGAUGCCAAGGUGAGAUGGCAGUGCAACACCAAGGACAUCACCUCCGGGGGCAAGUACGUGGUGACGGCAGAGGGCAACAAGCACUCCCUCACCAUCCCAGCAGUCACUAUGGCAGACGGUGUUGGCUACGCUGUGAUCGCAGGAGGGUCAAAGGUCAAAUUUGAGCUGAAGGUGAAAGCCAAAGAAGAACCUCCCCAGGACUGCGCUACUGAGCCAGCAGUCCCAGACACAGCCACUGCAACCCCAGCUGAUGUCCCAGCUGAUAUCCCAGCUGCUGCCUCGGUCGAGGCCCCGGUCGAGGCUCCUGCCUCAGUGAACGGUGGAGGAGAACCUUCAGCAGGGUCAUCAGAGGCUCCCACUGCCCCGGGUGAAGCCCCGUCAGAGGGGGUGGCAGAGGCCCCAGCACUCGCGGCCAACCAGCCGCCCCAGGAUGCCCCCCCUGUGGAGGACGGCCAUCUGCCAGACACCAGACAGGACCUGACCGGCCUUUUCACAGAAAAGCCCCAGACUGGUGAGGUAACUGUGGGUGAGAACAUCACCUUUGUGGCCAAGGUGAAUGCUACCUCUCUGCUGAAGAAGCCCACCAUCAAGUGGUUUAAGGGAAAGUGGAUGGACCUGGCCAGCAAGUCUGGCAAACACCUUCAACUGAAAGAGCUGUAUGACCGCAACACCAAGAUGUAUACUUUUGAGAUGCACAUUAUAGCAGCCAAGGCUAACUUCGCUGGAGGCUACAGGUGUGAGGUCUCUUCCAGGGAUAAGUUUGACAGCUGUAACUUUGAACUUACUGUUCAUGAGGCCCGGACUGUUGAGGGGUUUGACAUCAGGGCUGCUUUCAGACGCACUAGCAUAGAUGGAGGUGAUGACACAGGCGAACUAGACUUCAGUGCCCUGCUCAAGAAGAGAGACAGUUUCUUAAAAGCCUCGACUCGGGCCAUCCACGUGAACGCAGAUCCUGAUGUGGACGUCUGGGACAUCCUGCAGAAGGCCCCGGCCUCUGAGUACGAGAAGAUCGCCUUCCAGCAUGGCAUCACUGACCUGAGGGGCAUGCUGAAGAGGCUGAAGAAGAUGAAGAAGAAGGAGGAGAAGAAGAGUGAAGCUUUCCUGAGGAAGCUGGAUCCUGCCUACCAAGUAGAGAAGGGUCAUAAGAUUAAACUGGAAAUCGAGGUAGCCAAUCCUGAUGUCGAGGUGAAAUGGCUCAAGAACGGACAGGAGAUUCAGCCAACCGGGAGCAAAUACAUCUUCGAGAGCAUUGGUAACAAGCGCUACCUCACGAUCAACCACUGCUCCCUGGCUGACGAUGCGGCCUACACCUGUGUGGUGGGAGAGGAGAAGUGCACCACGGAGCUCUUUGUUAAAGAGCCCCCGGUCCUGAUCCUGAAGAACCUGGAGGACCAGAUGGUGAUGAAGGGGGAGCGUGUGGAGCUGGAGUGUGAGGUGUCGGAGGAGGGGGCCCUCGUGAAAUGGGAGAAGGACGGCGUGGAGCUCACCAGGGAUGAGUCUUUCAAGUACCGCUUCAAGAAAGAUGGGCGCAAACACGUCCUCAUCAUUAAUGAUGCCACAAAGGAGGACUGUGGCAUCUACAGGGUUAAAACUAAUGGAGGAGAGUCUGUGGCUGAACUCUUGGUGCAGGAGAAGGAACUAGAGGUGUACCAGAGCAUAGCUGACCUCACAGUGAAGGCUAAGGAUGAGGCCGUCUUCAAGUGUGAGGUCUCAGAUGAGAAUGUGAAGGGGAUCUGGUACAAGAAUGGUGUGGAGGUGAAGGCUGAUGCUCGGACACACAUCACACACAUUGGCAGGAUCCACAAGCUGUCCAUCGACGACGUGAAACCUGAAGAUGAGGGAGACUACACGUUCGUGCCGGAGGGCUACGCUUUCAACCUUUCAGCCAAACUCAACUUCCUAGAGGUCAAAAUUGACUUUGUGCCUCGCCAGGACCCUCCUAAGAUCCACCUGGACUGCAUGGGUCGCACAGCCGAGUCCACCAUCGUGGUGGUGGCUGGGAACAAGCUGAGGCUAGAUGUCCCCAUCACAGGAGACCCAGCCCCCACCGUCAUCUGGACUAAAGCAGAUAAGGGAGGAGAGACAGGAGCACCUGAGCACACGUGGAGUCUGAAGGAUGGGGAAGUGAUCUCAGAUGGACAGGGCCGUGUUCACGUGGAGAGCACCAAGGGCCACUGUGUGUUCACCCUGGAGGGGGCGGAGCGCCAGGACGAGGGCAUCUACUCCGUCAUCGUACGCAACCCUGCAGGAGAGGACACCGCUGACAUCAACGUCAAAGUUGUCGAUGUACCUGAUCCCCCCCCUGCUCCCAGAAUCCUCAGUGUUGGAGAAGACUCCUGUGUCGUCCAAUGGGACCCCCCCUCUUUUGAUGGUGGCCAGCCAAUCAUUGGCUACGUUCUGGAGAGGAAGAAGAAGAAGAGCUACAGGUGGAUGAGGCUGAACUUUGACCCCUAUGCCGACACCACCUUUGAGGCCAAGAAGAUGAUUGAGGGCGUGGCCUAUGAGAUGCGCGUCUACGCUGUCAACGCCAUCGGCAUGUCCCGUCACAGCCCGGCCUCCCAGCCCUUCAUACCAGUGGCUCCCACCAGCGAGCCGAUUGGCCUGUGUGUGGAUGACAUCAGUGACACCUCCAUCUCGCUGAAGUGGAGAACUCCAGACCGUGUGGGCUCCGCUGAGCUGGAUGGCUAUGGGGUCGAGUACUGCAAGGAGGGCUCGGAUGAGUGGAUCCCAGCGUUUGAUGGCCUGACAGAUCGGACGUCCGUCAUCAUCAGGGACCUGCCUACCGGGGAGAAGAGGCAGUUCCGUGUGAGAGCCUACAACAUGGCGGGGCCCAGCGCCCCAGCCUCCCUGGCCCAGGCCGUCACCAUCAGAGAGAUCAUGCAACGCCCCAAAAUCUGGAUCCCCCGUAAUCUCAGACAGACCCUGAUCAAGAGAGUUGGAGAGACCAUCAACUUAGUGAUCCCCUUUCAGGGGAAGCCCAAACCCAAGGUGACCUGGUUCAAGGAGGGGGAGCCCCUGGACCCCAAACAGGUGAGCGUGAGAAACAGCGAGACUGACACCAUCCUCUUCAUUCGCAAGUCCGAACGCAAGGAUUCUGGGAAGUACAGCCUGCAGGUGCAGAUUGAAAAUGUCGAGGACACGGCCAGCGUCAACAUCCAGAUUGUUGAUGUUCCAGGGCCACCAGAGGCUCUGAAAAUCAUGGAUGUUUGGGGCUUUAACGUCGCUCUGGAGUGGAAACCACCCAAAGACGAUGGCAACUGUGAAAUCAUUGGCUACACCAUUCAGAAGGCUGACAAGAAGACUAUGGAGUGGUACACAGUGUAUGAGCAGUACCGCAGGACCAACUGUGUGGUGUCAGACCUCAUCAUGGGGAACGAUUUUGUGUUCCGAGCGUUUGCCAUCAACAUGGUGGGUCUGAGCCCGGACCCCUGCGUCUCCAAGGACAGCGCCUACAUCCAAAAGACUGGUAUCGUGUACAAGCCCCCGUCCUAUAAGGAGCACGACUUCUCCGAGGCUCCCAAGUUCACCCACCCUCUGGUGAGCCGCUCCGUCAUCGCAGGAUACAACGCCACGCUCAGCUGCUCCGUCAGGGGAAUCCCAAAGCCCAAAGUCACCUGGUACAAAAACAAGAUGGACAUCUCUAAUGAGGCCAAGUACCGCAUGUUCAGCAAACAGGGAGUGCUGACGCUGGAGAUACGCAAGCCCUGCACCUUCGACGGAGGGGUCUACAUCUGCAAGGCAGUCAACGACAGUGGAGAGGAUGUUGUGGAGUGUAAACUGGAGGUUCGCUGUAAGUAUAACACAAGCAUACACACACACAGAAGCAGAAACCAGCCCCACACAGCAUCCUCAGAUGCAACAGUGUUCAUGAUUGAUUUUUUCAUUAGAGUGAUUGAUUGAUAGCAUCUGCUGACCAUCCACAGGGGACACCUUCAAAAGGUGUUUUACAGACAUUGCCUGGAGGACAUAUUUCAUGCUAUAAUGCUCUGAUGAACGAUCACCAGAAUGUGUUGAAGUCACCCUUCUGUAGCAGAAACAGUGCCCGGCCCACUAACAACCUUGCAGCACUCCCUGCUGCUCUAAACGACACCAAAGCAGGCAUAUUCUGCCUGCUGAUUUACUCAGCAUCUGAUGGGAUAUUACCAAAGGGAAUUAAGUGCAUGUCAUAUUUCAAACAGUAUUUGAAACCCUUUAGAAAACUACAAUUUGUACUUUUUUCGUAAAAAGCUUGUACACUUAUGAAAAACAUAAAAUUGAUAGCAAUUGAUCUUGUUGUUAUUAUCAGUGACCUAUGCACUUUGUAAAGCUCUCUCUUGGAAGUCGCUUUGGAUAAAAGCGUCUGCUAGAUGAAUAAAUGUAAAUGUGAAAUAAUUUGAUUUUAAUGCAAUGCUGAUUUUCACAGUGUAAGUAUUCAUAACCUUUGCAUAUAUUAUGAUACAGUAUAUAAUGAUUUACUUUACAGAAAAACUUGAGACUAGAUCACCAUAGUCUCACAGUAAAGGAACACAUGACUUGUCUCACUGUCCUCCCUGGCACGACUCUCACUGUUUACCUACC